GCUCAAAGCUACACAGAGAAACCCUGUCUCGAAAAACCAAAAACAAAACAAAAAAAAAAACAAAAACAAAAACAAAAAACAAUAACAAAAAAAACAAAACCCAAAAAACUAAAAGUCACUUCUGUAUAGUGGAAAAUGGUCUUUGGGACAGAUCACUGGAGUUCUAUGCUCCUGUGCCCACUGUGGCUGCAGUAAACAAAUCUUUCCACUUUUUACCAUUACUUUGUUUAAUUGGCUUAUUGAGGAUAGGUGGUCUGCCAGGGCCUAGGCUCUGGCUGUAGUAACACUUGCAACCUGAAGUUUGUAGGCUUUGAUUCUUAAGUGUAUACUCAAAUCGUACAUGAUUUUCUAACAGACCACAAGCUCUGGAGUCACGACUUUAGAAGUAAAGGGUUCCUCAUGCACCUUCAAAUCAGAAAAGAUGCUGUAACAGAACAACAUAACCUACAUUGUCACAGGAACUACGUACUGGCAAAAAAGCUUACUAUUUGAAAAAGUUCAUUAAAAAAAAAAAACCUCACCUGAAAUAGAAGGACUCAAAUAGCUAUGGAGUUUAGUAGUUGCUAUUGUUGUCCAUGCACCUCAUACUCUUUAGGUAGGACACAGUAGGGCACUAAAAAAAAAUAUCUUAAGAAUGAAAAUUUCUCUUAAUUCAGAAGCUUGUCAUUGAUGUAGCCCUAAGCUUAGAGGUUACUUUUGGGUGUCUGGGUACUCUUCAGGAUGACAAGGUUUACUCAUUCUUGUCAUUUCUUAUUUCUCUUAUUUUUCUGUCUGUAUGGGAUAUUGAGUAGAAAGGAAAUUUAGAGAUCCCGUAGACCAAUGGAUUUUAAAUUUUAAGAGAUAGAAACUCCCAGGAGAGGGGAAAGUGCUGUGCAUGGCGGAGCUACAGCAGAAGCAGGCCCUUUCUUCCCAGCUCCUUGCCUGAAUACAGAAUUCUCUGGCUUCUUAUCCUUACAGUUGAGGAAACAGCAUCCCCAGAAAAUAAGGCAGUAUACUUCAGGGAAAUAGCGGAACUCAGAUGAAAGGGAGUUCUUUUAGUCUCUGGCCCACCCGGAGACCCUGUGAAACGUUAAAGAACUGCCUGUCUGUCUUUAUGGCAAACCUACUGUCAUUAAAACGAUGGUGUACAGUUCCAUUAAAAAAAAAAUCAAACCUGUUUUUAUGAAAUAAGAUUUUUUUUCAGUUAUGUUUAGAUAGAGCUAAAAUAACUCAGAAGGCUUUUUGCGAUUUUUCUUGUCAUUGCCUGGGAGCUCAGUAACAGCUAGGGCAUCUAUGCAUUAUUGGACCAAUAGGCACACUGUUCCUUGAUGCUCAUGUGUGACCUAAGAGGCCCCAAAGGAUGAGAGGCCCCAGUAGCGGGUUGCUUGGCUUGCUGCUGUGAGCAGUUAGAUUCAGAUUAGGUGAGGGCCUGGAGGACAGUGAGUGCGUCAGAAGUGGGUUCGAGGCUGGGGUGAGUGGGAGGAGCGUGUCCUUGUACACGUCUUGAGCGUGAGGCGCAGGGGGCUGUCGGGAACAGGUUCUGGACAUCACCAACCACGUCUCUUAGGCAACAGGCAGCUACAGCGUUGGAAGGAAAGUGCAGGAGCCUCCCAGCCAGACUAGCAGCAACCUCGCCAGCAUAUGCUUGCAGACUCUGAACCAGCCAAUCCUACACUAAGAAGAGCUCAUCUUUCCAAUGUGGAAAAGGAGAAGAGAUGACAAGGAGGAAGACACCCACCUUCCCCGUCAUUCGAAGAGGAAUAAGAAGGACCAGGCCCAGGACCCGCGUGCUAUAGAGUCUGGAUUUUCCCGGCUGCACCCAUUCCUCCUGGCUAUCGCCUAGUUAUUCCACAAGUCUCCACCUUCACUUUUCCUCCUGGAACCAGGGCUCAGGGUGGCCUCUGCCUCAGACUAGAGCCCCAUGGAUCCGCUGCAGAAAUGGGAUCCAAUGUCGAUUUCCAUGCCCUCCCGCAUGGCCACUGUGACAAGCUCCCAAGAGGCCUCAGCAGGCUCUCAGCCUUCCUCCUCAGAAAAGCUAAGCCUGGGCCUCAGUGGCCUGAGCCUCUGCCGCAGGCCUGCCUCAGUUGCCUCUGCUCCUUUGUCAGAGGGACUGCUCCAGCAACAGACCCGAGAGAAGGCGGCCCUGUGGCAGCAAUACUGGGAAAAGCAGGGCUUUCCUCAGAGGAAGAAAGUCUUCCUGAGACACUCGAGACGCUGGCACCGCGAUCACAUGGCACCUUACCUGCUUGAAAGGGAUCUCAGAGGCUCUCCCUCAGGUGACAGAGCUCAGAAUCAGCUCCUGUGCCAGGGCCACGUGCCGAACAUUGCUGGGAUGAGCGGAGACAGGAACAAGGCUCCCAACCCCCCGUCCUGGGAAACGCUGGUACAGGGCCUCAGUGGCCUCACCCUCAGCCUGGGAGCCAACAGAGCGAGCCCCCUGCCUGAAGGGCCUGGGGAGCAGCAGGACCCAGAGCAGAUGCUCCAGCUGGAGAGGCAGCAGGAAAGCAUGAGGAUGUUCCAGAGGAUGCUCAAGUAGAGGAUGGAAGAAGGCUGCCGAGCUGGCUCCCAGAGGACGGAGGUGAAAACGGAUUCAGACAGUGCGGCACAGCCAGCUCAGGGGCCCAGACCCUGUGAGAUCAAGGCAGUCAGCUGCCUUUGGAUGAGCCCCAACACUGUGCUAUGAUGGGAGUUGUCCUAGGAAAGGCUUCAACUUCCCUGCUUAUGUCUUUAAGCAUGCCUUUGUGGGUAUGGUGGUGUGUGUUAGCCGAUACAAAAGAAAACUGGGGACCAGGGAUCCCUGAACUGCCAUGUUGUGAUUCACACACAGAGAGUUUUCACUCAUUUUUCUGGGAACUCAGUGCCCUCCAUCUUCCUUUUAAAAAGAACCAACAUCGUCUCUGUGUGUAUAUGUAUAUAUGUAUAUGUAUAUAUGAUGUAUAUAUAAGACAUAUAUAUGUCUUCUAUAUGCCUUCUUGAUCUCAGUUUAUUGAGUGCCCCAGAAAAGGGCUUACAGAUAGGAUGGGAUGCAUGUUCUGGAUAGCAGGGGCAGAUCAACUUGCAGCUUCUAGAAGUUGAAGCAAGGGAAUGAAGCUUAAAGCAGCUAGCUACCGAACGCAUUGUAUUGGGUGAAAUACCCAGGGUUUGAACCUACAUGGAACAGGGAAGAGUCCCUCCUUAGCCAUACCCAUUUCUGGAUCUCUGCAGGAAUUCCCUGUUGUUCACUCAAUUAUUGCCAUAGCAGAGGCUGACUUGGAAUUUCAUAACUGCAUCACAAUCAACCCCCUGCCUCUUCAUCUGCUCAAUGAAAUCAUUUAAAGACAUGCAGCCAGGUCAGGAGAGACGUAGUCUCAUGUAGACGAGGAGACAAAGAGAUGCUAAGGUCAAGUGUGCAUGCUGGGGUCAGCAUGGACAGUCUGGGGAAUGGGCAAGGACUGUACUGAAGGAAGGAUUGGGUGGCAUCAUUAUAGUGCCGGACAUUGGUGUACAUAGCAUUAUCACCAGAAAUUGGUGAUAAGUGGCGAAUGUCAUAAGGACUGUCUUCACGAGUCCCAUGUUUUCCAGUAAUGACAGUAUAAAUAACCGUGGCCUGGGUAUACACGUAUUAUAGAGAGGAAGCUGGGAAGGUCAGUUUGCCCUUAAGUUUUCUCUUAUAGGUCAAGGGCCAGCAUUGGAAAGUAUUCCAUGGGUUUGUUAGUGGUAGUGUUGGGGAUCUGUGUGUGCUCUGUAUCUCUUAGCUGCUAAAAGACCCUGAUGAUUCAAGAAAGCAGAUGGGAGGGCAGAAUGCACCCCUCGAAGAAUUGACAAGAGGCCCAGCCUGUGACCUGCCUAUAGGCCACACAGGUGGGGUGGGCUGGCACCUUAUUCAAGUGAGGGGGUUGGCCAUUGCUCCGGGUGGCUGCUUAGCAACCGCUGUGCAGUGCUCAGUGUAUAACUUCUCAGUGCUAGAGGGAGCUGUUGGAAGCUCGGAAACACAUCCCUGCCAGCCAUUACGGGUGCCUCGAUAGCUCUGAGUGUGACGGCAUCCUGUCAGGAUAAACCUUGUCUACUGGGCUACAAGGGGAGCCUGUGAGACGUGUUCCUCCCUGUGCUCUCUGUAGCCCUGACUUCUCACGUGCCCCCUGACCUGCAGUCACUGGACAGGGCACCUGGACCUCUGUCUCAUCAGUGGUGUCAGGGCCUACAAGUGGGUUUUACCUCCCCCAACAUUGGAAUGAUUUGCUCUUUUCAAGGCUGUAGUGUCCUGUGCUUGCACCAGACGCCGUGAAAUGCCCUGUUCCAAAUGUGAAAACAUGUUCUCUUCUGUGACCAACUGCCUCCUGUUGUUAAUGUGGACUGGAAUGUCAUCAUGUCGUUUUGUCAGGGAUUUGGGGAGGUGAGGAAAUUGUGUAGUGGUCUCCACCCUAAUCCAGGAGUCAACUUGUUUGUUCAACACAUUUUGAGUUUUGUAACACAUGGUCUAAGCCACACUACUGAUAUGUGAUGAGUUAAAUUUCCAGUACAAUUAAGUUUUCUGUGUUACUUUACGACAUCCCUUCCUUGAUUCGGCAAUGCUUACUUUUGUCCUUUUCAACAGUGGAUCUCUUGUAGUAGGUGGUUUCUUCCUGUCACAUCUUCCCCUACCAGAUUCUUCACCUGCCUGAUGGUCUUCCUGAUGGUAUCUUCAUGCAGUAUGACCACGUGGCCCUCGUCAGAAUACACAUUGUAAAGUUUCAGAGAGAGAUGACAGAGUAGGAGGAGGUCACUGAACCAUGUGGCCUAAGGUCCAUGUCCCUGGAUAGUCAAGUGAGCCACCUCAACCAACAACAGGAUCCGCUGUGACUCUGUUGGCAUGGUGGAUGCAGGAACUUUGGGCAGGACGAUCCAGGCUCAGCUGCCAGCUCCACUGCCCCCCACCCCCCCGGAAAACUCCAUGUCUUCUAUAGAUGACAACACUGAGGGAUUGGCCAAGAACUCCGCCCCAGGCAUCUUAGUGGUCACUGGAGCCCUCACGCACGCUCCCUGCAUCCCCUAUGGGGUGGUCUUCUCUUUGGACGAGGUAGUCACCUUCCUUUGUCCUCGGUUGUUUGAGACCCAUUGACGCUCUCCCUUGACCAUGACUACUGACUCAUCAUCUUGACCUCCUUUCAUUUCAUUUCUUCAUCCCACUCCAGGGGUUGAGCUGUACAAUUACAUAUGUGUGCUGUAUGAUUGAGUGCCUGCAGGAGUGUGCAAGUGUGGGCCCUCAUGCCUGUGUGGCUGGCGGUCUGAGGUUGACUCUGCGUGUGUUGCUCUAUUCCUCUCCAUCAUGUGUUCUGAGACAGAUCUUCAAGAUCCUGGAAGUCCCCAGUGAGGCUUGAUCAGGUAGACAGUGAGUCCCAGGGAUCCUCUUCUAUCUGCCUAGCAGCCCUCGGAUUAGGGGUGUUCCUGCCAGGCCUGGGUUUUGACUGAGUGCUUGGGGAUCCAACCUCAGGGCCUCUUGCCUAUGAGCGAGACACUUUACCAUCCACCUGGCUCCCCAGCCCUGAGCUGUACACUUUGAAUCAAUUGCAAUCUACCUUCAAGCAACACCAGCUCUUUCCUGACUCGUAAAGCCCCCAGGCACAGUGGGCUCCCACUUCCUGCCUCACAGUCUUCGGUGGGGUGUUUCUUGGAUGAGAAGACCAGGAUGUGUUCCUCACACUCACACGACAGCAGGCAGCAUCUUCCCGAGCACUUUCCAGUGCCUUAGGUGUGUUUCUGCAGCUCUCAAAACCUCAAGCACGUUUCAAAAGCUGGUGCUACAAGAGAGACUCUAAUUAUGCCUUGAUUGGAGUUGUCAUGGUGAUGCCAUUGGAAUACCUUUCAUCGUGCAACAUGAUUUACCUCUAUGACUGUGUUGUGCCAACCCCUCCCAGCCCUUUUGAAAUGGACAGACAUUCCCCCAGUGCCCCAUUCUGAUUUUCUCUCAUGAAAGGUUGGAGAUACGUGUUCCUUAAAUGUCGUGACUCAGUGUGAGGCCCUGUGAGGACUCUGGACAGGAGGCUGUGGCAGAGGUGUGGGUUGGUAAUUUCAUCCCGACACCUCUGUGCCAGAGGAAAUCAAUAACCUGGGAGAAAAAGAUUUUUCUGAAAGGAUGGAGUGCGGGUGGUUGCCUAGGUUACCAGGAGAGAGAGCCAGGGCUCAUGGAGACUGCCACGUGACCAGCCUCAUUCUGCAGGACCCAGACCUGAAGCAAGAGUGUGGGAGAGCAUGCUCAGUAUUUCAGAGCCUUCUCAACAUUAGGAGUUUCCUGAAGGUGCUCUGAGCCUGUUUGUGAGAAGCAAAGUCAGAGAGGACAAGAACAGGGUCUCGGGCACUAGCUGUACAGGGCCCAUUGGAUUAGCAGUGAGAGCGUCCAGAUGGGGCAGUUCCCUUCCUCCUGCUGGCAACCCGGAGCGGGUCUGGGAACACCUGUGCAGCCCUGGUCCCAGGGCCACAGAUGCUCUGCUCUCUGUGCCGACCACCCUGUUGGGCUGCAUGGGUGGGUGCUUUCACAAAGGGGCUACAAUGGAACAAGCUCAGAAUCCAUGGUCUGAUGGGUGCACAAAGGAAUUCUCAAGAUUACAGAAAGAACCUCUCCCUCACCUUCCCCCCCUCCAUCUCUCCCUCUCUCUCAGUCGCUCUGUUAGGACACAGAACAGAGGAAAGUGUCAUACGUUCCACACCAUAUAUUCACCCACAGGGUGUAAUUCUGAGGUAAAUGAGCUUGACUAUAUGUAUACAUGUAUACUGCAUGACCCCACUGUGUGUGGGACCAAAAAUGGUCAUAUCGUUUUCACAAUGAUGAAAUAAGUUAUUCGUCAUCGUGAGGUGCAUGUUGGUGAAGUUUGCAGAGCUGUAUGCCAAGUAAAAUCGCUAACACAUG